AUGUUGAGGCCUUUGGGCUGCUGGGCACGACGUUUUGGGCAGAUUUCAUGUUGCGCAAAGCAGUUUGCCACCACCUCUUCGACCUUCUUGAAAAAAAUUGACACAAAGGUAGAAGGAGAUGUGACAAUUGUUGAAGUGGUUGAUGUACCCGAAACUGAUAAUCGUAAAGUAUUGGAACAUAGCCCGGAAACAUGUACUUUGUGUACAUGUAACAUUCCUGUAAAGGUUCGCUAUUCAGACGUUCUGAUUUUGGAGCAGUUCAUGCGAGAGGACGGUACUGUGUUGCCAAGAUCACUUACUGGACUAUGCAAAAAACAACAUCUAAGAAUUAUACGCUGCGUCAUGCAGGCUCAUUGGGCAGGCCUUUUCCCAGACAAAACAACUGCUGAUUUUGACCGUUCUGGAUACAAGAGAUUUGCGAGAUAUUGGAAUGAUGACUUAGAUAUCUACCGAUUGAAAGAAGAAGUGAUUCCUGGUUCAUGGUACUAUAUUAAACGGUAUAAUACACGUGGAUCAAUUUACAAAAAACAUUAA